CUAAAAAGUUUACAAAGGUAUUUACACGUGGUAUUUGAUUGCAUGAUAAUGUAUAUGGAAUUUUUGUAUGUAUGGCCUAAAUUUUAAGAGAAAAAUAAAAAUUCCAUCAUUUUUUUAAAACGUAGUUUUUCUUUACCAUUCGCUCUUGCUCUCUCUUCAUUUCCUCACUCACAAACCACUCUCUGCUUUGUAUCUCGCUUUCUCUUUUCUUUCUCAUUCACAGAUCACUCUCCUUUCUCUUCUCUCUCACAACCGGAGUUGGUGCGUGGUUUUUUCGUAGUUGGUCGCAAAGAAGAAAAAAAUAGAAGAGAAAAAAUUUCGCCGGAGUUGGUCAGUCGGACAAGUUGAAAAUAAAAUUUCGCCAAAGUAUGCCGACGAAGUUGUGGUCACUCCGAAAAAGAAAAAGAAGGAAAGAGAAAGAAAGAAAAAAGUUUAAAGGAAUGGCAAAUUUGUAACUUUACUGUCCAUAAUAUCAAUUUCGAGGGGACAUUUUUUAUUUUGGGCAUCUAAAAUAGGUCAGAGGUGCAUUCUUUCCGAUGAGUAUUAUUAUUUAUGAAAAUACUCAAGUGCAGCCGAGCCACCCCAUCUAUUGUGCAACACCUACUGUACUCAAUAAAAAUUUAUCACGUGACAUCUUUUUAUAAAAAAUAAUUAAUAUUUUAAUGUAGAGAAAGGGGUAUGGAGAUUAGUUACAAUCUAAUCAUCGCUCUAUUAUUUAACCUGCAUCAAUAAAAACUAACUUUGAAUUAUUAUUAUUUAAAAAAAAUCAGUGGCUAAACAAAUUCCAUAUUAUGUGGACCAAAAUGAUCCUUCCCAGUUCCCAAUGAAAAGUCCCCAUUUUGAAGAUACACAAGCAUCAGUGUCACCUUUCCACAUUUUCUGGCUAAAAGUUUGAACUGUUUGGAAAUCAAAAGUUGCUUCACUUUUAUUCAACCCAAACCCCCUCACCACCAUGCAUGUAUAUUGAAAUCUUUUACUGAUUGUCAAAGAUGAUUUUCUAUUGAUUGUGUUUUAAGAGAUAAGUUAAUGCAACAGAUAGAUUUGAGAUUAGGCCAAAUCCAUGCCCAACUAAACAAAAUAAUAUUCAAAACCUCUAUUACCAUCCUUGCAAUAACCUAAUUAUUAAUUGAUUAAAUCCAAACUACAGAUGAAACACUAAUUAAUUUAAGGUUAACCACUAAACUAGACUACUUAUACCUAACAUUUCGUACUACAUCAGGUAUGGUGAUUUAACAUAAUAAUAAUAAACAUUCAACACUCAGCUCCUUAUACAUAACAAUUAAAUGGGAUAAAUGCUUAUCAAAUUCUAGCGCUACAAUCAAGAAAACUGUAUCAUCAUAUUAUUACUAACAGAAAAAGUGAUCAAGUUGGUUUGGUUGGGUGCAAAUUGCUCCAGUUCCAUUUCUUUCACCAACACAAUGUCUAUAUAAGCUGCUAAGACAUGCAUUGCGAUAUCAACUCAAGCAACAUCUUGCUUAUCCAUCAUACUACUCAUACCCCAUUGAGCUAGUUUUACCAAAUCAUUAUGGCCAUUAUCAAAUUUCUUUUGCUUCCUCUUCUUUUGAUUGUUCUAAUUUCAGGAUUUGCUGAAAGCUUUGAAUUCGAUGAGAAGGAGUUGGCAACAGAAGAAAGUCUGUGGAAGCUAUAUGAGAGAUGGGGUAACCAUCACACAAUCUCAAGGGACCUAAAGGAGAAGCAUAAACGUUUCAAAGUGUUUAAGGAGAACGUGAACCAUGUGUUCACAGUAAACCAAAUGAACAAACCAUACAAGCUGAAGUUGAACAAGUUCGCAGAUAUGUCGAAUUACGAGUUUGUGAACUUCUAUGCUCGCUCCAACAUUAGUCACUACAGAAAGUUACAUGGCAGGAGAAGAGAAGGGACCAGUGGAUUCAUGUACGAGGAGGCUACAGAUCUUCCAUCUUACAUUGAUUGGAGGGAAAGAGGAGCUGUCAAUGGCAUCAAAGAGCAAGGCAGAUGUGGUAGCUGUUGGGCGUUUUCAAGUGUGGCUGCAGUUGAAGGAAUCAACAAAAUCAGAACCAACCAGCUAUUAUCUCUAUCAGAGCAAGAGCUGCUCGAUUGCAAUUACAGGAACGAAGGAUGUAACGGAGGAUUCAUGGAAAUCGCUUUCGAUUUCAUAAGGAGAAACGGUGGAAUCGCUACUGAGAACAGCUAUCCCUACCAUGGAUCAAGAGGAUUGUGUCGCUCAUCCAGAAUAUCCUCACCGAUAGUUAAAAUUGAUGGAUAUGAAAGCAUACCUGAAAACGAGGAUGCUCUAAUGCAAGCCGUCGCAAACCAACCAGUCUCAGUCGCCAUCGACGCCGCGGGAAGAGAUUUCCAAUUUUACUGGCAGGGAGUAUUCGAUGGAUACUGCGGAACAGAGCUUAAUCACGGAGUGGUGGCGAUUGGAUACGGAACAACAGAAGACGGAACAGAUUACUGGAUCGUGAGGAACUCAUGGGGAGUUGGAUGGGGAGAGGAAGGCUACGUAAGAAUGAAGCGAGGAGUGGAGCAGCCCGAAGGUCUGUGUGGAAUAGCCAUGGAAGCUUCUUAUCCCAUCAAGUUCUAGUUCCAUACCCCACAAAACAACCUUCUAUUUACAAGAUUUCAACACAUUUAAAACCAAGGGAUUCGAAGCAUUGACAUCCCUUAUU